AUGUUGGCCUCGGGGAGUGAGUCGGGACUAGAACCUGAUGAGCAGCAAAUUCCCUCUGGUUCUGGUUCUGGCUCUGGUUCUAGAGCAAGAACGAUUUCUGGAAAUGUAGCUUCUACCUCUUCGUCCCUCCAGAAUCCAUCUACACCGCCCAAUAUACCCAACACCCUCGAUGAGAAUUAUCUGGACGUAUCUGGUAAAUGGGGUGGAGAGCAGGAAACUAGGAGUAAUGCGGUCAGAACAAGCAGGAUGAUUGGGAAUAGGGUCGGGGUGUCGCCUCCUCCACCACCUGGUCCACCUCCCUCAGAUCCACCACCUCUCCCGCCCGCACCAUCUUCUCACCCAUUCGCAAACUCCUCUCGACCCAGACCUUCCGCAAGAUUAUCGUCGCUAUCCUCGCUGAGGAAAUCAGGUAUGAUCUCAAGCAGACCAUCUAGUCCAGGUCCGUCUGGUCCACCUCCUUCAAACGAUCUUCCACCUUUACCUACUUCCUCCUUCCAAUCCAAGACACCACCUACUCAAUACACUCCUCCCAAAGAAUCAGCUCCGAGACCCAAUCAUGUUAGACAAUCGUCCAAGGGUAAAUCAGAGUGGGAAAAGGGGAAUGUGACUCCUCCGACUGUAUCUCCUAGAUCAAGCUCAUUAUUCAAUAAUAACGCCAAUCAAGCUGGUCCAUCAACUAUGAAGAAUGAUAGUUUAGGUACACCUAUAAGUUUGAAUAAGAAACUACCUGAACAUGUAGAAACGAAUCAAUCAUCGAGUGCUGCUACUACCACAGCUGGAGCUGGUCCAUCACAUUCGUCGAAACCCCCUCGAACACCUUCUCGACAUUUACUUCAAACUGCUUUGGAUCUAGCUCAGAAAGCAGUAGAGAUGGACAAGAACAAUGAUGUCUUGGGUGCACUCGCAGCCUACAGAGAAGCUGUGAGUAGGCUGAAAGCUGUUAUGGAAAGGGUCGGAGUGGAACCGACAGGAGAUAAGAAAAGUGGGAGUUCGAAGAAAGGAAAGAGCGAAGAAGAAGGACGGACGUUAAGAGGUAUUCACGACGCAUAUGUUGCUCGUAUACAGCUAUUAUCAUCCUAUGAGACGAACCCAGAAUCGGAUAUCCCCAUCACUGUCGAAGCUGGCCCCUCUUCUUCAUCCACUCAGCGUCGUCACGUAUCUCAACCUUCCACUUCCACCACCACUUCCACACUUAUCCCACCGUCCCAAGCCAGUACAGAAGGCACUCCCCGCCCGUCAUUGGACGAUGGUGGGAUGACCGGUAUAGGCAACUUGAUGUUGACGGAUCAUGGAGAUCAGUCGUUCGAUAAUUCCGCUAUAAGUCCUGCUCGUCCGAAAGCUUCUGCUCCGACAACGAAGCCACCGUCGCAUGUGGAUCCACAACCGAUAGCUGAACAGACAAGUCUAAGUGAAGAUGUCCCUGCCAACCAGCAGUAUGUUAAUGGAGAUGCGAAAUCAGAUUCAGUAAUGGGUUCGAGUAAUCUACGACAGAAAGGAUCAAUACCAUCGAUAGGACUAGGUUACCCCACCUCUCCACCUAACAUGUCUCAACCACCGACAGCACACACUUCCACACCGAUGAGGUCCCAUGUCUCUACUCAAUCGAUAGGCGGAGAAAGUGAAAUUUCACCAUCCUCUUCUAAAUCGCGAUUGAAGAGGCCCAAUCGACCUUCCAUGGGGUUAGACAUGGAGGCUGAUCUAACUGGAAUAGACGGCGUGGCAGUAGAAGAAGAGGUGGAAAUGUUAGCCCGUACACCUAGGGAGUCUCACAUGCCCUCUUCUCUAGGUUCAUCGUCAUCGAAACAGAGUAAUAGAAGAUCAGGACCAGGUCAUAUUCCUGAUUCACCGCAAUCCAUCAAGAGUGAUAUCGACAGACCAUUACCGCCGUUACCCAACUCUGCUUCGUCGAUCACCACAGAACAGAGAAAAUCAAGUUUGACGGGAUUCUCCAAACCUCUUCCUAUCCCUCAAGGCCAAGGCCAGGGUCAAGGUGUAUUACUUGUUUCUCCUACGACCACCCAGGGGACAAUAUCUCAAAGAAGACAAUCACGUCCUCUAUCUGGUACGUUAACCACCUUACUUGAUCAACAACUCCAACAGCCACAGUCACAAUCUCAACAGCAGCAGCAAGGUACAACUUUCCCUGUAUCAAGUCCCUCUACGGGUGGAUCAUCUUCCAUACCACCUGUACCUAAUCAUCAACUACGACAUAAAUCCUCUUUCUCAUCUAGUUCGCAAUUAGGUGUAGGUAUCUUACCUAGACAAUCUUUCGGUUUAGGCGAAAAUGCUGGAUUGAGAAUUGAGACCAACCAGCACCAUCAAGGGGGUCUUGCGCCACCAGCAAAUAUCAAUUUGACAUCUAGAUCUGGUGCAGGUAUCUCACCAAGAUCGUUACCUCCUUUACCUGAUACUGCCCUAACGACCAAUUCGGGCGGUACCUUGAUAUCCCCCCUUCCCGAAAUUCAACCUUCAGAAGUCCUUCAUCGACCGUUCCAUUUAUUGAGGGUAUUACAUUCAUCAAUGGAUCCAGAAGGUAGUGGAUCAUAUUUAACGGGCUCGAUACAUAUUUCAUCAUCCAUUUGGAAUCUCAGCCAUUCCGGUGGGAAUGCAAGGAAUAUGAUUGGACCACCAAAGAUCAUAGCUCAGGAAGUGAAAAUGAGAUGUCUGGAGAGUUUGAUAUUGCAUUUCGAAUCUAUACGAAUCACCGGACAAGGUCUUCUAAAUGGAAAUGGUCAACGAAAAUCUAUAAGAAAUUCAACCGGUCUGACGACCAGCGGAGGAGGUGGGAAUGGAAGUAAAUUGGCGGAAGAGUUUUGUCUGUCGUUGGAUGAAUUGGAUGAAGAGAUGGAUAAUAGUCAUAAGAUGUUGAGUAAAGCGGGGGUUGGGGUCGGUGGAUGGAAAGGGAAGAAACAUUCUGGGACCACCAAAUCAUGGGGAUCAAGAAUAAGUCGGUCCAUGGAUAAGAUGACCAACUCCAGUAGAAAUACAAAUGAUAAGUUGGGUAUGGAAGGUACGGAUAAAUAUGUGGAUUUACUGGCGAAUCUCUGUAUAGGUGCUCAAAUAAUCAACGAACACCUAUUGAACUUCACUUCACAUGGAGGUGAAUGUACACCUGCAUAUUCGACUUUAUCUGAGAAAUCAUAUCGGAAUAUCGAAUCUCGCCUGAAGAGGACUGCAGAGUUCGUAGGGACUAUUAUCGUCCCGUUUGUAUUGGAUGACUUCAAGCAGUUCUUGUUGAGAUACCUUAAGAGCGGUGUCAAAUAUCUUGAAGAUUAG